AUGACAUUGCGCCUCACGUCCGCUUCGGUAUCAGGCGUCAAGAAACGAAAGUCCGCUCCCAAACCCCGAGCCUCGCCCUUCGCCGGUCAUGCCCGCCGCAAACCGACCUCCAGCACCCCCCAUUUGAAAUCUGUGGAUUUGGGUCAUGAUCCGCUCCCAGACGUAGGUGGGUCGCAGUACAUAUCGGAGACCGCCCCGGUGCAGAAUGUUGUUCAGGCUAUACAAUAUAUCCGCAAUGGCAUGUUUGAGGAGCUCCCAGCACGGGCGGGUAUGAACAGUACCCGAAUUGCUGAACUCCUCAAUUUCCGCCGUUCCCUACCCCCGCUGGCUUCGGUCGCCCACGUCCAUACAUUGUUGGAGGCCCCCACGCAGGUGGAGCGAGAAAUCGUUGAGUUAGUGAAGACUGGUCAGAUUCGGCGACUCAUCAUCCCAGGUCGAGGCAACGAUGCAGCAGGACUCGGUGAUUGCUUGGUUCUGGCAGCGGACUGGGAUAAACUAGUGCAGGAAAGUCCCGCUUUGGAUACACCAGUGAAGGAGAAAUUCCUCGACAUCCUCAAGCGCAUGGGGACCUCCUCGGCGAUAUCGCAAGGGGUCUUCACCACUGAUGAGUACAGAGCCUUGUUGCGUGCUGGAUUUAUAGUAUCUUCGUCUUCCUUCACGCAAGGCUCCCUCAGCAUCGCAUCGCUCCCCAAUUUACCAACAAUGGCAGCUUCGUCAGCAAGUCGAGUGGGAUCGGAUCGCACCGCUUCCAACCCCGAGCGUGCUGUGCAAUCAGAUGCUCAGGCCCGUGCCGCGACCCUUUUCUUAUCUCUUCCGAACACAGGGUCAUAUCUUCGCUUGCUGGGAUCGGGUCGCGCGCAUCUUAUGGCGCUGCUCAAGCGGUCUGCCUCUGGCGAAGCUCCUGUGGGCUUGGUAAAAGACCGGUGGGAUGGAGCCGUUGAAACGGAGAAAAGUUUCCAUCUGGCUAAGCGGGCCCGCGGAGAGUUUGCUGGGGUACUCCCUGGCAAAACCAAAAAGUGGAAAGACUUGAAUGGAAUGCAUUUUCGAUGGGUGCUGGAAGAAGCCUUGGGGGCGGGACUCGUUGAGAUGUUUGAAACUGGCAGUGUAGGACCCGGGAUUCGCUGUUUGUAG